AUGUCGGAAUUCGAAAGCAAAACCUUUUGCUCUGCCGGAUUUCCCCAGUCCAGUCAUCCAAAGGAGAGAAUAACUAAACCAAACUACCCAUUUGAAAGAUGCGGAAUGGACUGCAUGGGACCAUUCAACUACAAGUCAAUUGUGUCAGACGAAAAUGUAAUAGACUACUGCGCUAAUCGACCUUCCUUCAACUUCACAGCAAGCCACAGUCCCUGGCAAGGAGGAAUAUAUGAAAGACCGGUAGGAAUCUUCAAAGCAGCUUACAAAAACGCUGUCGGAAAUGAUAUCGAGACUCUGAAAACUCUAACCGCAGAGUGCACAGCCAUCUGCAACUCCCGUCCACUCAAUUAUGUCGCGGAAGAGAAGUCCUGUUAUCCACUCAGACCAAUAGACUUUCUACGCCCAACAGCAAUAAUUGCAACUCCUAGGAUCGACUACAACGAACAACUUGAACCAUGCACCGACAUGCAAGCAAACCUAAUGGAACUGUGGGAAUAUACAAGUGAGAUGUUAGAUUGUUUCUGGAAGCGAUGGAAAUCCGAAUACCUACUCGCGUUGAGGGAACAAUAUAAAAAAUCUCAUAAGCACCCACGCCUUGAAGAAAAGUCACAACCAAAACUGGAUGACUAUGUCAUCAUACAUGACGACUCACUCAAAAGAGGACAAUGGAAACUCGGACAAGUCACUGGAUCGACAAAUGAUUUCAAAAGAACAGUUCAACUUCGCCUCGCCAAUAGAGAGACAAUCACAAGGCCUAUCACGGAUACACCUUUUGCGUACCAAGCUGCAAAUGUUUGUGGUGCAAUUUCUGCUGUCACUGCAAAGAAACGUGCUUGUUUUACCGAUACUACGCCCUCCCGAAAGGAAACAUCCGCAACCACCAAAUUACAGUCGUCUUCGAUGCGUCUUCUCACUAUAGAGGCGCACCGAGCCUAA